UUCUCUCUUUUAUUUUGAAAUCAGAAUCAGUCUUCUCUUCUCUUAUCAUUUCCGAUGAUGAUUUUGUUCCACUGAUUGAUCGAUCACUCCAGUCCAGUAAACAAAUCUCGCCGGAGUUUCUUCCCGCCGGGAUUAAAUCAUGCCUUUGCCUAUAUUCCCGUCACGGUUACAGUGUUCGUCUUCGUCGUCGCGAUACUCGCUUCCUCGGCCGAAGCCUCGAAUCGAUCCUAGCUUGACCUUAAUUCCAGGCUUAUCCAACGACGUAGCGAGGCUGAUCCUCUCCUUCGUCCCUUACCCUCACAUCUCUCGUCUCAAAUCGACUUGUAAAUCGUGGUACGCUUUCCUCUCUUCCAAAACCCUAAUUUCACUCCGCCAUAGCCGAGACAACAGAGACGGCGACAAUCUCUCGCAUCUCCUUUGUAUCUUCCCUCAAGAUCCUUCGAUUUCGCCUCCGCUUCUCUUCGAUCCCGUGACUCUGUUCUGGAGACCGCUUCCUCUCAUGCCUUGUAACCCUCACGUUUACGGUCUCUGCAAUUUCGUAGCCGUGUCUCUUGGUCCCUACGUUUAUGUCCUCGGUGGUUCUGCUUUUGACACUAGGUCGUAUCCUCUCGAUGUUCCUUUGCCUACUUCUUCUGUGUUCCGUUUCAGUUUCGUCAAAUCGGUUUGGGAACGGCUCUCUCCGAUGUUGUCUCCGCGUGGAAGCUUCGCUUGUGCUGCGAUGCCUGGUUUGUCUGAUCGGAUUAUUGUGGCGGGAGGAGGAUCACGGCACACGUUGUUUGGUGCUGCUGGAAGUAGAAUGAGCUCGGUUGAGAUGUAUGAUGUUGAGAAAGAUGAGUGGAGAGAGAUGGAUGAAUUGCCUAGGUUUAGAGCAGGAUGUGUUGGCUUCUUGGUUGGGAAUGAGAAUGAGAAGGAGGAGAAGGAAGAGAGAGAGUUUUGGGUGAUGGGUGGAUACGGCGGAUCAAGGACUGUUUCUGGGAUUCUUCCUGUUGAUGAGUACUAUAAAGACGCUGCAGUGAUGGAUUUGAGAGUAGAUGGUGGCGAGAAAUGGAGGCUAGUUGGAGAUAUGUGGGGAGAAGAAGAGAGACCUAAGCUUGGGAAGAUUGUUGCUGUUGAUUGUGGUAAGCCUGUGUUUUUCAUGUUGGAUAGGGAUUGGAUUCUUAGGUAUGAGAUAUGUUCCAAUAGGUGGAGAAAGGAGUCAAGUGUGCCUAAGAAAGCUCAUUAUGACAAACCAGUUGGUUUUGUCGCACUGAACGGUGAAUUACAUGUUAUGAUUCUUUUGGAUGGUUAUAACCUGAUGGACACAAGGCAUACUAGACAACAGAGGAAUGCUGGAUCUUUGAUGAUUCAUAUGUAUGAUCCAAAGAAGAAAACUUGGAGAUCAGUUGUCUCAAAGCCACCGUUCAAUCAUCAACUCGAUUUCAGGACCACGGUUAUGUGCACCAUCCGAUUGUAGUAGGUUUAGAACCUCUCUCAUCACAUCGUGUUUAGAAUAAAAUCUGCUGUUCAUGGUGUGAGCUCGGAUGAAGUUAGUAUUGACUAUUGAAUCUGUUUCUUUUGCCAUAUGCAUAUCCUUCCCAUGUUAGUAGUUGUACAGAUUGAAAAACAAAAAAAAAGGAACUUCCAUAUUCGGUUAUAUUGUAAUACAAACUAUAAUAUACUAUGGCUUUGUAUAAAAUUGCUCUUAGCUGUGAACAAUGCAACAUUUGCAGCCUUGCAGUUA